CUUCUGUCAGUUGUGACGCAUGCGCAGUUUCUCUGUGCUGCGGCUCGCGAGCCUGUCAGGGAAGUUUCUCCUGUCAUGACUCAGUAACAAGCCCUCAAAUACCCGGAGCUUCUCCUUCAUUUCGCGCUCCUCCGACUCCUCUGGGUUCGGUCCGGGUCCCUGCCCGGUUCUGGUUCCGUUAUGAAGCCCCCCGGGACAUAGAGCUCGUCGCCAUGGCCUCUGUGACCGUGAGCCCGGCGGCUCGGGGCAUCGACAGGCAUCGGAAGUCCUUCUCGCUGCUGUUCUACCGGGCCGUGCGGGACCUGAAGCCGGUCUGGAUGCUGGAGGACAUGCGGACCAUGGAGACCUUUUACGAGGACGAGCACGCCCGCCAGAGGAUCUACACGCCGUCGGAGGCGCUGCUAUACGCCAUCGUCCACGACCACCAGGCGUACGCGGCGUACCUCCUCAACAGAUACCCGGACGAGGCGCUGGCCAAGCCCGGGGAGCGCUUCUGCUGCUGCCCGUCCUCCGCGCCUCUCACGGCCACGGCGGUCCGCUACGACCGGCGCUCCAUCCUCAGGCUGAUCCUCCAGCAGAGUCGCGGAGAGCCGAGCGGCUGCCUCCGCUCCGAGGACGGCCGGACUCCGCUCCAUCUGGCCUGCGAGCUUCUGCGGCCCGAGGCGGCACUCAUGCUGCUGGGGAGCGGGGCGUCCCCGCUCGCCCGGGACCGCGGCGGCCUGACCCCGCUGGACGUCACUCUGGAGAAAAUGCGGGAGGCCUCCGGGAGGAGCGGCGGGGAGAGGAGGCGCUGCCUGGACAACCUCCUGAUGUUCACGCCGAGGCUGGACUUCCAGAUGAGGGCGGCUCUGGAGCAGGAGCCGCAGAGCUGGAGCCGGGACCUGGGGGAGGAGACGUACCGGUACCUGACGGGACGCAGUCCGGCCCCGCUGGUCCUCAUCACCAUGCAGACGAUCGUCAGGCAGCUGAGCCCCCAACGCUUCCCAGACAGCCUGCACGAGCUCCCCAUCCCCUCCUCCAUGAAGCCGCCGGGUCUGCCCCUGGGCCAGCGGGGCGGGCGGAGGCUGCUGUAGCAGAACCAGAACCAGGACACCAUGCAUGCUGGGCGUGAGUGAUGUGGGGGUCAGUUUGCAUGAGCCCAGAAAGACUGCUAAUUACUGACAUGAAAUGCACUGAAGUGAUCUUAUAGAUCAUUAACAACAUGAUUAUUUUCAUUAAACGAGAAUCUAAAUAAACCAGUUUGUUUUCUUCUAAACCUGCAACAUAUUCCACACUAUGGAACUUUAUCCAUCAGCUAAACUGCUUUAAAAACUCGUUAAAAACUCAAAUUUUAUGAAAAUUCUUAUAUUGUGGAUCAACUUUUUAGUUUUUUUUUUAUUGUAUUUUUAAGUGGUUGAAAGAUCUAUUUCAGAAAGCAGUUACUAAAUACUCUAUGGGCACUUUGUCAAUGCAAACUUGCCCAACUGCUCAUUAAUGCAAAUGUCUUUUUUUAAACUUUAUUAACAAAACUUAAGAUAUAUACAUAAACAAACAAACAAAAAAAAAAA